AAGCCCUUUCUUGUUUUUGUAUUUCGUUAGAUUAGGGUUUAAGGGCGCAAUGCCACGCUCAUGAAUUCUGUUCACAUCGGGAAAUUACUCCCCAGAUAUCAGCGUAUUGCAAGAUUCUGUGGAACCACAAUGGCUAAAGAGCAGAGACAAUCAGACAACAAGGUCUAUUUCCAUUACAACCACACCGAUCCCUGCAAAUUCGCGAGAUGGACAACAAGGGAAAGCUUUGAGUUCAUGCACGGUCGGCCCUGGCAAGAAGUUGCCGACUUCUAUUCCAAUGUGGUGAAUGGGAACUUGUCACUGUUGCAACUGUUUGAUGAAGAUUUCAUUGUAGACAAAUCUCCUAUGCAGACACAUAAUAAUCUUGAUGUUGCUAAACUAUCUGAAGUUUGCAAUAGAACCGACUUUGAGGGCACUUUGAAGGAAGAUAGAUCUGGGAGGUUGGAAAGAGUGACAUUCAAGAUAGUUCUUUCUUAUCAUGGGUGUUCAUUUGACGGUUGGCAGAAGCAACCUGGUUUGAACACGGUUCAGGGAUUAGUAGAACAGUGUUUGGGUAGAUUUGUCGAUGAGAGGAAAGCUCAACUACUUAAAGAAAAAUCCAAGCCAUUAGAAGGGUGUGCUGCUGUUGCUGGCCGCACGGACAAAGGAGUCUCCGCUCUUCAGCAAGUUUGUUCUUUCUAUACAUGGAGGAAGGAUAUUAGGAUUCAGGACAUUGAAGAUGUUAUCAACAGCACAGCACCGGGGAAAUUCAGGGCUGUAUCAAUCUCUGAGGUUUCACGUUCAUUCCAUCCCAAUUUUUCAGCCAAAUGGAGGCGGUACUUGUAUAUUUUUCCUUUCAAUGGCGGUGAAAACAGAGAGCCCAGCUUGCGAUGCGGAGAGGAGGAGAACAUUUUGACUGAGAAUGGACACUAUGGAGGGCAAAGAGAUGUCUCUGAUGAGCUCAGAUGGGAGGGGGAUGAUAACAACUUAAUAGUCAGGGAUGACGGUGAGCUCCAAGGUCCAAAGAAAUCUAGUACAUUUACUGUGUGCAAGGUUAACAGACUUCUGCAGCAACUAGAGGGGAAGUUAUUGUCCUACAGAAUCUUUGCUCGUGACACAAAGGCUUCCAGAAGCAUAGGUCCUCCAACAGAGUGCUAUAUGUAUCAUGCUCGAGCUGCAGAAGCCACUAUACCGCAACCUCAUCCUGGAGCUGGAAGAACAGUUAUGUGUAUAGAACUGGUUGCGAAUCGCUUCCUGCGCAGGAUGGUUCGAGUUCUUGUUGCGACAUCGAUAAGGGAGGCAGCUGCUGGCGCAGAAGAUGAUGCUCUGCUAAAGCUAAUGGAUGCUACCUGUCGAAGGGCCACUGCUCCGCCUGCUCCUCCAGAAGGUUUGUGUAUGGUUAAUGUAGGGUAUGCUGAAUUCGACCCCCGUAACUGCAUCAUUCCAUGAUGUUGUUAUUAUCUCUUUCACAGAGUCAGAGCUUUUCUUGUAGGGUAUACUGUGAAACUUAUGCUCGUAUAGGGCUUUUCUUUUGACAACUUACAAGCUACACUUGUCAUUUCCCCCCUUGUGUUAAGAGGUUACAACUAACGAGUUGCAAUCUUAAAUAUCCUUCUGUUUUGGUCACUGUAUGGAGACUAUGGAAAGU